CCAUGACUAAUGUUUUGGCUAACAAUUGCAGAAACAACGGCUAAUGGCCGUUGCUAACCCGUAGUUGAUUUGUAUUUGCUAUAAUUUUCUUCUUUUGACUAUACUAAUUAACUGUAGAGAAAAUUCAAAACCUUAAAUAAUAAAGGAAUAUUCGUAGUUAUCAUUAGGCAUCAAUUUUCUUAUCAUAGAGGACAAAUUACAAUAACAUUUUCUAGAAUUUGUCAUAAUUAUAAUUCCUCGCUCGUUAUUUGAAAAAUUACAAAUAUUCUCAUAAAACUAACAUGCGUCUAACAAACACCUAUCGUGAAUCCUGAUUGUAGAGGACUACUUGUUGGAUAUAUAUUAAUUUUAGAAAUAUUUAUAAAUUUUUAAACAAUGAGUGAUUAUUUAUAAUUAUUAGUUGGAUAUAGCACAUAAAAGAAAAAUUAAGAGAAUUUACCUAAAAUAAAGCAUUGAAGCAGGAGUACUAGAAUUCUUGGCAAUUGAGCAUCAAGAAUAGUAUAAGGUAGAUUGAGGGGAACAAGAAUAGACAAGAAUUUGCUUUCAUCUCAACUCAAGCAAGCCGUUUUUAAGCUGAGAAACCGAUUUUCUAUUGGUUAACUGGAAUUUCAAUUGUGGAGAGGGACACCAUGUUUGCUACUGCAAUCAGGUAUAUUGCAAAGAAACCAAAGCCGAAGAUGAAACCAAUAGAACUCAAAACUCCGCCAGAGCAAACACAAACGAUCACAAGGGUCAUUUUCGAUGUCUUGAAGGAGCACGGACCUCUAACCGUUGCUGAUACUUGGGAGCAUGUUAAGACAAUUGGGUUAAAAGGACUCACAAGUAAAAGACACAUGAAGAUAGUUAUGAGAUGGAUGAGAGAGAGACAGAAGCUAAGGCAAAUAUGCAACCAUGUUGGGCCUCACAAGCAGUUCCUGUACACUACAUGGUUCACAAAACCUGAUAUCAAGCAGACAAGGCCUGGAACUGACGCUCCGAGGCCAAAGCCAUAAGCAUUUUACAUGGUAGCAGCUGAGAAGGUUGCAUGAUGUUGAUUGCAGAGAUCGUGUUUUUCAACCAUUAAAACCAUUCUAUUUACUUUCAUGCUUUGGCUCAGAAGGGUGAUUGCAGAUAUCGUGUUCUUUAAUGAUUAUAACCGUUCUCUUUACUUUCAUGCUUUGUACAAAAGUUACAUUUGAGUUUUGCCCAUAGAAAGGUCUUGCAAUCAGCUGGUGAUUUGACUUAAAGAACUUGUGUUCUUUCUAGGAAAUGGACGCAGUGGUCUUUCUGUUACCUCUAAACUUUCUUGUAAUAUACAAGUCAAGUACUAUUGUC